ACCCAGUGCCCCCGCCCACCUAGCGGAUCAAGUUUGAAUGAACUGCAACAGCCUUGCUCUGGAGGUGCCAGGAGCAUUUGCGGUAAUAAUUUAAAGUGUGUAUCAAAAGGCGCGUUGAACCAGGAUGGAAAUGAAGAAGAGAAUUCACCUAGAACUGCGGAACCGUACUCCGUCAGACGUCAAAGAACUUUUUCUUGACAGCUGUCGUUCCAAUGAUGGCAAGAUCGAAGGUCUGACGGAUGAAUUUGAGGAGCUGGAAUACCUGAGCAUAGUGGGAGUUGGACUGACCACGAUCGCCCACUUGCCAAAACUAAAAAAACUGAAGAAGCUUGAACUCAGCGAUAAUAAGAUCUCAGGGGGCUUGGAAGUGCUGGCAGAGAAAUGUCCCAACCUCAGACACCUCAACCUAAGUGACAACAGGAUUAAAGACCUCAGGACCAUUGAACCAUUGAAAGACAUUUCAACACUGAAAAGCCUUGAGCUGUUCUCGUGUGAGGUGACGAACCUGAGCGAGUACCGAGAGGGUGUUUUUAAGCUACUCCCACAGCUGAUCUAUCUGGACGGAUAUGACAAAGAUGAUAGAGAUUCCGAUUCGGACCAUGAGCUUUACUCAGAAGACUGGGGACAUGGCAAUGAAAAUGACGAUGACGUAGAGGAUUAUGAUGAUGAUGAUGAUGAUGCACCUUCAGGGGAGGAAGAAGAGGAUGAGGGCGAUGACGAUGAAGAGGAGAAUGAAGAGGGGGGCCUCAGUGGAGAAGAGGAAGAUGAGGAGGACUUGAAUGACAAAGAAGUAGAUGACGAUGAAGAGGAGGAGGAAGAGGAGGAGGAUGAGCAAGAGCGGGGUCAAAAGAGAAAACGGGAACUGAAUGAAGAAGGAGAAGACGACGAUGACGAUUGAGGGGGAUUUUGAGGCUUUGCGUGAACUGUUUGAAGUUAUAUUUCACAAACUCUUCCCAGUAACCAAGUGUGUUUCCCUGCAUUAGGAGCGCUUUGGUCCUUUGCCCCUUUUGUCACAGGCUCUGCACCUUUGUGUACCUUAAAGCUCUUUACAGUCCACUUUUAACAACUUUGCAGAUACACAUUUUGUAAGCUAGGCAAGGAGAAAUCUUUUAAGAGAUAUUUGGGGUGUUUUCUCACUCUUUGUAUGAGACCAGUUUGUCAAUACAUGUGUAUUUUAAGCCCCUCACUUUAAAAAAUGUCGAGUUCUAAGUCUAAAUCCAAUAGUAGUUCAGAUGUGUGAGCUGGGAUCCAAUAAUUAUUCUAAGAAUUCUCCUUUCUUUUUCUUAGUUUUACACUGCAUUUUAUUUCCUCGGAAAAAAACAGUGUACUAUGCUAUCCUGAUAUGACCGUGCUGAAGACGACCCUGUUGUGGCAUUGCAAACAAUAGCAGAAGUCGACCCUUGAUUAAGAAGCUCAACCAUGUCAAAUCCUAAGCUUUGCUAGUUUGGAUAUUACGAGUUCUUGUAAAUAUUGACCAAAUCUAUUUUUUGUAUUCUCUUUGAUGGCAGCAGACAUUGAACAUAUAACUGAUGUGAAACUAUACAUUGUAAUAAAAUAUAUAUACACAUAUGUAUUCUACUAAACCCGAGCAGAAUGAGAAGUAGAAAUCUCGAAUCAGGCAAAUCUCUUUUAAAAAAUGAUAUAAUUCACUAUCAGAAUUUGUCCCUUUUCUGUGACAGACUUCAGGCCAUAACGGGAAAUUUUCAGGGAGUACACAGAACUGUUAAUAGCAGUUAGGGUAUUUCAAUUUUCCUUAUACAUGUUCAAACUGGACUGUCUAAAUCCUCGUUCAAAUUGUGUUUCUUUUCCUCUUUCAAUUUAAAAUAAUAAAACGGGUUUAUAUAUACUA